GUGUUACUGAAGACCCUUUACAUUCUUGCAAUAUCGCAUAACCAAUCUAUAUGAUUAGAUGAUGUGUUAGAUGCUCAUAUUACUUGUUUAUACGUAAUAAUGGUCAAGAUAAAUAGCUUGAUGUAUCGGCUGCUUCAGGCCGCCGGCUAGUUUUCGAGCUAGAUGUAGCAUGGAAACGUGUUGCAAGUGACUGGUGUUAUUUGGGGUUUAGCUGUACAAAUGUAUGUUUAUUUGUUAACCUUCGUGUAGAACCCACGUAUCUCUAAAGCUGGCUUCUCUUUGACUACCAGCAAAUGUCAUGCUAAAGUCACUUGGUGGCUUGCGUGUGGCUAGGCUCGGUAAAGUUGUCACUCCGAACGGUAGCUAUAGUGUUUUGGUACUUUGAACUCCACACUGUAUAGAUGUUGAUUGUGUUGCAUAUUGACUGACAUGACAGAUGGCAGAGGGAGACAAAAAGCCAGUCAAGAAGAAGCACGGGAGCCGUAACCCGGUUCUAGCCCGGGGUAUCGGUCGUUACUCCCGCUCGGCUAUGUAUGCCCGCCGUGCUAUGUACAAGAGGAAGACCAAGACCACUGAGACUAAGGUGGAGAAGAAGAUUAAAACGAGGCCGCAAGCCACAGUUGUGAAGACUGUCGGUGGUGACAAAAAUGGAGGCAACCGUGUAGUCAAGCUGCGCAAGAUGCCACGCUACUAUCCCACAGAAGAUGUUCCUCGCAAGUUGAAGAGCCAUGGCAAAAAGCCCUUCAGCCAGCACAAGAGGAGGCUUCGCUCCUCCAUCACCCCAGGAACUGUCCUCAUCCUGCUAACUGGUCGCCACCGUGGAAAGCGUGUUGUCUUCCUGAAGCAGCUUGGAAGUGGUCUCCUGCUUGUCACUGGCCCCCUUGCCGUGAACAGAGUCCCCUUGCGCAGGGCUCAUCAGAAGUUUGUCAUUGCCACCACCACCAAAGUUGACAUCUCUAGCAUGAAGCUCCCUAAAACUCUCAAAGAUGCCUACUUCAAGAAGAAGAAGCUGAGGAGGCCCCGCCACCAGGAGGGCGAGAUCUUUGACACAGAAAAAGAGAAGUACCAGCUGACAGAGCAGAGGAAGGAGGACCAGAAGGCAGUGGACUCGCAGCUCCUGCCGCUCAUCAAGAAAGUUCCUCAGCUUAGAGGAUACCUGCGUGGCUCCUUCUGCCUGUCUAAUGGCGUGUACCCACACAAACUGGUCUUCUAAACAUGUUAAUAAAGUCAGUCUUUCA